AACAAAAUGAGAGAAAUAUAUAGGUGGUGGGGGGUGGGGAACCCCUUUUUCUAUUCCAGCCCUUGCCCUUCACAAGUUUGCACACGGGCCUGAUACAGAAUGGCCGCUCCAAUGAUGACAAGAAGACACCCUGCCUGUUUACAUGUUACAUGUCACACAUGGCCUGCUCUGCCCCUCCCCCGUCCGGACUUUUCUCAACUCGCUGCCAAAAUAUGUGAAAGUCAACCCGAGCCCUUGUUAUUUAAAACUGGACACCGUCAUGGCAGGAGCAGCGAGCAGCUCCACUGAACUCAGCGAGGAUCCACCGCGCUAUCCGUGAAAACAACGCCGCCGUGGAGGAACUCGAGUUCCGGGAGACUCUUUGUUUUUCGUCCUGCCCGUCGAGCCUCACAUGUCGCUCCCGGUGGUGUUGCCGGGGUCUUGCUGUCCGGUUAUCGGGGCUUCGCAACUCGCUGAGCCGUCUUACCGAAACCGACCCCGUGGCUUGUCAGCCUCUUCGCGGACUGCCAGCAGCGGCUCUCGACUGCUGCUACCCGGGCGGCCGCUGCUCUCGCUGGGCUUGUUGCAGUUGCUGCUCGGCGGCUCCAUGGUGGCGCUGUGCUUUGGAGCUCUGUCCCUCAGCAACUCACCCCCAAUCCGAAACUCGUGUCCCUUCUGGGCAGGUUCCUCGGUCAUACUCUCAGGCAUUGUGGGCCUCACAACAUGGAGAAGGCCCAUGCUGUUACUGGUCAAUGUGUUUGUCCUGCUGUCUGUGGUGUGUGUGCUCCUUAAUCUGGCUGGAUUCAUCCUGUGCUGCCAGGGCGCCCAGCUGGUUUCCAGUAUGACCAGCUGCCAUCUGAGUGAGGCUGGAGAUGUGUGUUACUGCUGCUCCCUCUCGUCCAGCUCCAGAUGUCCCGAGGAGAAGCUGCUGGAGCUCCACCCGGCCCACUCCUGCAGCACCAUGAGGAUCCUGCUCAAGAAAGUGUUGUUUGCGCUGUGUGCUCUGAACGCUCUGACCACGGCUGUGUGCCUUAUGGCUGCCGCCCUGAGAUACCUGCAGAUCUUCACCGCCAGAACACCGUUCAUGGACGAGCACAGGGCAACAGUUGAAGAAAGGGAGGAGCCGGCUCAGGUCCCAGACCCAGAUGAGUUUGUGGCCCCGGCCCCGCCCCCCUCCUACUUCUCCACUUUCUACUCAUACACCCCCCGCCUGGCUCGCCGGAUCCUCGGGGACAGCGUGAUCCCUCUCCCUCAUAUCUAUGGGGCCCGGAUCAAAGGGGUGGAGGUCUUCUGUCCUUUAGACCCCCCACCUCCAUAUGAGGUUGUUGCUGGAAGCUCCACCAAUGCAGUCACACAGGAGCCAGAGAUCGCUCUGACAGAGUUGCCUAUCAACCCAACUACCUCGGCACCAGGAGCCUCUGUUGGAGACAGGAGUCCCCAAAUGGUAUCGGCAUCACCGGGCCACUUUCCGCAAGCCAAGCCCCAGCUCCAGUCUCCUCUUCCUCCUCCUUCUCCUUCUCCUCCUCCUCCACAGCCCCCUUCUCCCGCACCUCCCCCCUCUCCAGCUUCGCCCCCCUGGAGGAGAGCAAGGAUCCAUCGCUCCACCAGCGACCCGGUGUUGAUGGACCUUGCUGACAAAGCGCUGAGCAGCAGCGAUGCUCCCCAGACCACAGACUCCUCCACCCAGACGUCCCAGCCCGCGCUGGCUGUCUGCGCCCAGGGCCAGGUCACACUGCGACGGGGCAACGGCGACAGGAGGACCCCCCGCCGGCCACGGCCCUCCUCCAUGGUGGACUACCAGAGCUACCGACACACACAGCAGCUGGUCAGGAAGAUCCUGGAGCAGCCGGCGGCGCAGGGCCUGGCCCCCGAGGUCCAGGAGCUGGUGGACAGCAUCCGGAGUGUCCUGCAGUCAGACCAGGAGCACAUGGAGGAGGCUGUACGCUGCGCCAGUUACAUAGAACAGGUGUUCACUGACUCCCAGAUGGGUCCCGGUCAGCCUAAACCUCCCCAGCAGCCAUCAAACAGUUCCUCCCAGACUUUCCCACGCCCCCCACGGAGAAGGCCUGGCCUGCUGCACCUGCAGAGCUGCGGGGACCUCAGCUCCUUCACCUGUCCUACACUCGAGUCCCUGGAACCUCAAGGCAACAGUAGAAAAGUGGUGUCGAGGACAGGGUCCCGCCCAGAUCAUCCCGAACGCCCCCACAGUCUGAUCGGAGUCUUUAGAGAGACGGACUGGAUGAUUGUCCUGAGGUCUGAGGGUUUCCCAUCGUAACUGAUGGUGCACACUGGAGGAGGGACAUUGAAAACCUACCUACCUACCGUCCUUUGUGGAAUGGGAAAUGUGAAGUUUCUGGCAAACAACGAGGGCGAGCUCUCCACCUGGGAUUAUGCAGCUGCUUCACUGUGGACUGUGGACUGCAUUCUCUCUGAUCCAUAUUUGAGGAGGAAGCCAGAGCUCCAACAGUAGCUCUUUGCUGUAGCUGUGACUAUGGUUUUAGUUAUGGUUAUGGCUGCGGUUGUUCAUAAGGCUUUGACCACAGCUACAGGAAUAGCCAGAAUUAUAGCAUUUGCCAUUAAUAAAGCUAGAGUUGCAUAGCUGUAACCACCGCCGUAGCUACGCUAACAACCCCAGCCCUUUGCGUCAACCACAUCUGUAGCCAUACCAACACAUUUGGUAUUUUGGUGGCCAAGCCCUUUUCAAUGGCUCGGGAAGUAACCAAAUCCUGGAACAGCGUUACAUAAUUACGAUACAGAAAUAAGCUAGGUGUUAUAUUGAUUCUUUGGACAACGAUAUGAGUUUGCUGAUAUCUUAAAGUCUGGCAAGAUACGAUUUUGAUUUGAUUCAAUUCAGGUGCCUUCGAUCGAUAUGAGACGAUAUCAUACUUUUUUAAGAUUAUUUUUUGGGCAUUUAUUUUUGACAGGACAGAUGAAGACACAAAAUGGGA